AUGAGCGAAGAAUUAUUAACUGAUCAACCCCUUGCUCAACAAAAAACUAACAUGUUAGAGGAUGAAUCAAGCACCACAACCGCACAGGGUGCAGAGUCCUCAGCUUUAUCCAUUCCUUCUGCCAAUAAGAAGAAGGCUACUCUACCAUUUUGGAAUCAUCCAAUCAUGUAUCUUGUUAAUAUUCAUAUUCUCGUGUGUUUGCAUGCUUUCUCUUGGUGGGCUUUACUUCAAACUGCAAAUCAUCCUUUGAGAAAGCAUAUCAUCUCUCAACCGCUAUCUUUUAUUCAGAAAACUAUGACUUACAUUCCAGAUACUGUAGUUCCUCAUGUCAACCAAAACAUUUCUGUGAUUCUCUCAGAGUACUUCCCUUCUGAGGAAACAGUCAUUUCAACUUCAUUCUUGUCAAGCCCAUUAUUUGGCUUUGUUAUAUUGCCAAUUGCUGAGAUUGUACUACCAUUCAAAGGAGUUCAAUACUUGUAUGAGAAUAAGGUAUAUGACAAGAAGGACAUUGACGAUCAAACGAACAAGUACAAAUUAUUCUACAGAGUAAUUCCUCUCAUUUACACAGUGACUCUGAGCGCAUUAUUUUGGUUCUCUCUCACUCGUGUUCAUUUAUUGACCAUAGAACAAUUUCUCAUGCAUUCAUUCUCUCUCGCUGUGGUUAUUGCUCAGAGCGGUGCUAUCUCACAUGAAAUGCUUCACAAAAGAACUUGGCUCGAGAAAAUAUGCUCCAGAAUUAUUCUAAGCUAUCAUAGCUAUUUGCAUUUCCCUUUGGAGCAUGUAUAUUCACAUCACAAAAAACUUGCCACCUAUGAAGAUGCAGCCACUGCAAGAUAUGGAGAGACUGUUUACACUUUUGUGUUUAGAUCAAGUUUUACAGGAUAUAUGAAUGCAUGGAAAAUAGAUAUGGAGAACGUUAAAAAGAAAAAAGGAAAGUUAAGAUGGUUGAAAUCUGAAAUGCUAUGGAGUACUGCAGCUACAAUUGCUCUCCCAAUAAUUAUAUAUCAGUUCAUUGGAGUAGCUGCCUUGGCCUCAUUUAUAAUCACAUGCAUAGUCGCAAUAUUCCUUGUAGAGUCUGUCAAUUAUGUGGAGCAUUAUGGCCUUAUGAGAAGAAAGAGGGAUGAUGGAACUUACGAACCAGUGAAUGAAACUCACAGUUACGAUGCACUUUUCAGAGUGAGCAGUUACAGUUACUUUAAUAUCAUUUUCCAUGCUGAUCAUCACUUUUAUGGUCAACGAGAGUACUACAAAUUGAGAGUCUAUGACAACUCUCCCAAGCUUCCUUAUGGCUAUGGAACAAUGAUCCUGUUAUCUUUCGUUCCUCCUCUUUUUUUCAGUGUUAUGCAUCCUAUUUUGUUUGAUUUUUAUGAGAAACGAGGAAUAGACUACAAUAAGAUGUUACAGCAAGAAUAA